AUGGAUUCCCCCGGGCCCAGUCUCGCCGCACUCAUGACGCUUCCAGUUGAAAUUGUCUUGUAUAUCGCGGAUCAAUUACACGACUGGUGGGACAUCCACAACCUGAUGAGAGCCUACGUAGGCUGCAAAGACCCCAAUGGAGACACGACUCGCCGGUUUCAGAAACUCAUGUUCCGCACCGACGCACGCAACGCGAGAACACUCGCCUAUCUGAAUACCAGCUACAAAGACCAGCCCUUCAUGCGAAUGAACCCGGAGAUGUUAGCGUGCCACUGGGCGAUCCUCAUGGGCGACGUCAAGGUUGCUCUGUCCGCCAUGCCGGAAUACCGCGCUCAGGGAAACGGAACCCAUCUUUUCGGGCCGUGGUACUGGAGGCGAGUCCCCGUCAAUCUUUGCCCGUCGGGCCAUGAAAAGAAUCUGACCUGGGGUCCCAUCUGUCUAAACAGGUCGAAGGGGGCAGUUGGCCCCAAAAGGUCCGUCCCCUUCGGAGUCACCGCUCUUGAUCUGGCCGCUCAUCAGGGACGCAAGGACUUUGUUGAGCUUCUGAUUGACGAAGGCGCCGAGGUUGGUUGGUCACACCCAGACAAAGACGGCUCGGCUGGAAAACGAACAUGUGUCCUUGCCGCCCUCUGCGACUGGGGGCUGGACUUGUACGUGUCCGAGGAGCAGCAGGCAGAAACAUGGGCGGACGUGGAGGAAUUAGACGGUGAACAACAAACCGCCGACGAGACUGUGGACGAAGACGCGGUGGAAAACACGCACGAUACAGUGGCUUAUAGACUUCAGUCGCUAGGCGAAGAAAAGCUCCAGGUAGAGGAAGCCCUGUUCAUUACCAUGAUGGAGGAAGGAAUCGACAGACCACUCAACGCAAACCAACUUCGGUGGACACUUGAGACGGUUCUCCAAGGGUACGCCAAGAGGGCUUCUUCAAACCCUCAUCCACGCCUACUGAUUCAUUAUAUCAAAAUUGUCAAUUAUCUGACGGCAAGGGGCGCGACAUUCGAGGGACUCCACAAAAAGUCCGUUAAAAUACUUGCAAUCAUUGGGAGCUAUUGGCGAGAUAGCUAA